AUGGACCUUCAAAGCUCUACGGAAUCACUUUUGUUGGGCUCGUUGAGUUCGAAUUUGCGAGAGGACACCCCAGAGAGCGUUUCUACGGCUGCGCUAAUCAAUGAUCAGUAUUAUAGCAACUCAACUGGUUCCCUGUUGAACGGUAAUGUCCAGGAAUUGCUUGAUCGGUUACAUAUACCAGAUACUUCCUUUGCUGAGUCGGAGUCCAAUGACAGUACGGGUCUUUCUCCGAUCAUCAACGAUUACGAGUUCAAUGACGAAAGUUUUGCUGAGGGGCAAUUACGUGCUGUACCACAAGAGCUACAUGAAAGCACCGAUCCUAUUCUAUCAAUACUUUACAACAAGAUACAGGUAUUCCUGCUCCGCAAUAGGCUCUCCCUGGAAUUCCUCAAGAUCUUUAAAAGAUAUGUCGGCUAUCUGUCUGAAAAUGGGCAAAAUCCGCUGGAGGAUCGGUACUUCCUUACUUUACAAAAUGAGCUCAGCGAGAUUUAUGAAUUUACGCCUAAUAUGGAGGAAUUAUUGAACGUUUUCCUUGUCAGACCAGAAAAUAUGAUUGUGAAAAUGGCUUUAUUCGAACACAAGGGAUUAAAUCGCCUCCUGUUGAGGGUUUUGAGGACUUGGAGAUGGCGGCUUCAGAUGCGGACUAGUCUCUCUAAGUUAGAGCACGUUUGGCAAGAGUAUUUGGCCCGAAAAUACCUACUUUUUUGGUCCAAAAAGUUGCAAAUAGUGACUACUGAAGUAGUUGCUCAAGCCAAGGACUUCUAUCAAUUUACUUUGGUAUCCUCGACGUUUGACAAAUGGUUGACACGGAUAGAAUCUGACAAGGCGAAGAAAGGGCUAGCUGAUCAUUAUUUCGUCGAUCAUUUCCUCCAGCGGAUAGUUAGAAGCAUGAGCAAAUUGCAGAAAGAGCAGCAUAACAGUGAAGUUCGAUAUAGUGAGAAGUGCCAAAAAAAUGCGUUGCGAUUAUGGCGACUAAGGUUUCGUGAACGCACCUACACCGUUAGGCAGAGAAAUUUGUUGAAGACAGUUUUCACCAAAGUCAGACUGCGCUUGAUAAGCUACCAGGAGUUACAAGAGCGUGCUGAUUUUACUAGAUCUAUUUUCCAAAUUAACCCAUCCUUUCAGAAUUGGCGAUUGCAGUACUUUAAAAGAGAGGAGCAGUUGGCAUCGUUGAGAGCCUUAGAGAAUAAGUUUCUCAGAAAGCGGACUUUUGGAAUGUUGAAAAGGGCCUUGCGUCAAAAAGAACAGGAAAAUCUAGUAAGGAAACGGUUAGACACUAUUUUACUCCGAUUCUUCGUCAAGAACAUAUGGGGAACGAGAUUUUAUGAGAGGGUUCAUUUGUAUUCGCUCUCGAAGAUUAGUGAUGAGCGAUUGGCGCUGAAGUACACACAGGUGUGGAAAGUAAGGUUGUUUGGUCGCAUGAAGGCCGAGGAUUUCUGGAGAUUCCGCUUGAUGUCUCAUUCUCUUCAUGAAUGGAAACUGCAAACUCAUUGCCAGCAGCGGAUCUUAUCAAAAAACAGAAAGGCGACUAAAAUUGUUUUCUUAAGAUGGCGGGAAUAUUCUGAAAGUAAAAGAGUGCUCCAACAAUUACAGCACAACACUUUUGUGAGGAGACAUUACCGCAAGUGGAGAGAAAGGUUUGAAGUUGCUCGGGAGACCAAGCAGAAGGCAGUAACUCAUUAUGAGUUAUCUUUAGAAAAGCUUAUUUUCAACAAAUGGCUUGAUUGCCAAACGAAGAUAUAUGAAAUGGAGGAGAGAUCUUUGAUACUUAAGAAAUUACAUGCUUUAUCGAUUCUCAAGCUUGGAAUUGCACAUAUGAGAGAUGUCCACAGAUUUUCGGAGGUUUGUAAUACGAGAAUUGUCUCGAAAGCAUCAUUAGCAAGGUUUUUUGUUGCUUGGAAGAAGUUGGCCUACGAACGGCACAUUAACAGACUGGAACUCAUUGGUUCAAAAUUAGAAGAAGAACUUCGAUUACAGUCUCAGCAGCUCCACCUGCAUUUGUGGUUGGGCAAACUUCACUUAUAUCGAUCCCAAUGCGCUGCUAAAGCAGACGAGGCGUAUGGAAGAAACUUACAACGCAAUUUUCUCAUCACAGCCAAUAAGAAGGUGGGCCAUAUAGAAGCACUCUAUGCCUUUGCGGGAGACCUACGGAACAAGACGUUGUCACUGAACUGCUUUCUCAUAUGGAGGGACCGCUUAGAGUAUGUCGAAACGAUGAAUACCAAAGUGGAAACAGAAACCAACAAGAAAAACCUAGCACUCUUGCUCAAUUACUUAAACGUUUGGAGUAUGAGAAUGCUCAAGAGCAGGAGAAAUGAUGAAACGGUGCAAAUUUUUAGAAUGCGAUGGGAUCGAGCCGCUGUCAGAGGCUUAAUGCUUUUAUGGAAAAACCGAUCUGAUAACUCACCCAAGAAAGUUCGAGCCUCUAGAUUGCAAAAGAAAGUAUCAGAAGGAAUGGAAUUAGUGACCCCAGUGAGGCGCAACGUUCCCAGAAAGAACACUAUUCCCGGAUCAGAGGGAGUCAAGCGGUAUCGACUAGAAGCCAUGAAGUCCCAUUACGGUCGAGUAAGAAGAGCCAUCCCAAGCCCUGUGAAAUCCUCUGCGACUUUGAAUUCCACCGCCAAACGAAAGAUCGAGAGCGAACAAGAAUCCACUGCCUGGAGCCCCAAACCUUUAUUCCCGCCUCGACUCUCUCUUGAGAGAAUCAACAAAAAUUUGGCAUCCAAGAUUGACACCAUUAACUUUGAAAGAAUACCCGAAGUAAGGCUGGACCCCUUCGUUAAUACAGAUCCCGAAUCGGAUCCAAGAAUAGACACGUCCCUUCUCGAGGACGAAGACGGUACAGACUACGACGAAUCGCCCAUCAGAAGGAAGUGA